CCAUAGGCUAUCUUUGCCGACGGACUGACUUCCGUGCCAAUCGCCGUGCGAUUUGACUACUAUCCGUGUUUUUCUCCACUGUCUGCUAUCGUCUUGGCUAUCGAGAAGACCCUUAUCUGUAUAUCCCGUAUCAGGAGGGGAUUGAUUCCGUGCGGAGACACGCUCGCUCAGCACUGACUACCGACCCUCUCUAACCUAUAUCAAUCAAUUGGACUCCCAUACUCAUUGGUCUCUGUGGCACUGACAGCACGGAGACUAUAGUCACUUAACUACAGAUUCGCCAAGCCAAUAACCUCAGCAAACAAAUAAAUAUGGAGACUUCUCGACAUCCCUAUCUCAAGUCCUUGGCCCAACAUGGGUACAUUCAGGGCGUCACGCUGCACACGAAAGCGACAAAUACGCCGCUUUGUCACUACUUCGGGGGUGUUCGCUAUGCUCUCGCUCCAUCUGAGAGAUGGCGCAGGGCUCAGAAGCUUCCCCAAUCCUAUUCCUAUGGCACCAAGGACCAACCUGGGUCCUGCGGCGGCAAUACCGGUGUCUGCCCACAGCCCGGUUUCAUGGAUCUUUCUGGACAGGACGACUGGACUGAGGAUUGCUUCCAAUGCAAUCUGUGGGUCCCGCUGGGUGAACCUCCCAGGGAAGGGUGGCCGGUCCUCUUCUUCAUCCACGGUGGUUUCCUCCAGUUUGGCGACCCAAACACAUUCUCGGCCGCGGCCCUCCUCGGCGACGCUGCGCUCAACGCCAUCGUCGUCGUGCCAGCCUACCGUCUGAACGUGUUCGGGUUCCUAUACUCCUCAGAGCUCGAGCAAGACGCCACCUCCACCGGUGAAACAGUAGGCAAUCACGGCUUCUGGGACCAGCGUCAAGCCCUAGAAUGGACGCGAGACCACAUCGCCCUCUUCGGGGGCAAUGCUUCCCAAAUCACCAUCUCCGGAUACUCAGCGGGCGCAUACUCCGCCUUCUACCAAUUAGCCUACGACCUCCAAAUCCCGGACGGCCAAUCCAUCAUCAAACGCGCAUGCCUCUGGUCCAACUCCCCCGUCGCGCAACCCAAACCCCCAUCGUCCGCCCAGAUCCAAUUCAACCAACUCCUCUCCGUCCUCGACAUCCCGGCCUCCCUCCCCUGGAAUGAGAAACUCUCGGCGCUGCGCGCAGUCCCAUCCAAGACCCUCCUCACCAGCGCCAUGAGCAUCGACAUCAACCAAUUCCGCCCCACCUCCGACUCCGUCUUCAUCCAACCCACCCUCUUCCACUCGUUCGACACCGGCGCCUUCGCCCGCAAGCUCUCCGCACGGAACGUCCGCAUCCUGCUCGGUGAAUGUCGCGACGAACGCAACCUCUACGCCACCUGGUUCCCUCCUACCCAGAACAGCCUGCAAUCCCUCCAUCAACGACUCCUAGCAGACUACCCCAGUCCCGUCGUCGACGCCCUCAUCAACCUCUACUACCCGGACGGCCGUCUCCCUGCCGACUGCGAGAACUGGGAAACCGAUGCCUUCGGCCGCGUGUAUGCCGACAUGCAGGUCCACAAGAUGCAACGCGGCCUGAUCCAUUCCCUUGCCGCCGGCGGCGCGGAGCACCUGCUCUAUCGGUAUCGCGUCGAGUAUCGGCUCAAGUGUGCGGAUAAGACCCUUCCGCCGAGCUGGGGUGUUACCCACGCCACGGACCAGUAUAUCUGGUUCUGGGGCAAUGGGGAGGUCAUUGAUCCUGAGGAGAAACCUAUUGUGCGGCGCGCUCUGAUCGAUCCCUUUGUUAAGUUUGUUCAUGGUGAAGAUGACAUCCAAUGGGGCACGGCCAAUCACCAGGAAAUAAGAACUCUCAAGCCAGAUGGCUCUGUUCAGAUCAUACAGGAUCCUUUCUGGGAUGAGGCAAUGCGCGUCUGGAAGGCACUGCGAGAGGUGGGCGAGCCGGAUCAUGUUUCGGCGGCGAAGCUUUAAACAGGGAAACACGGAUAAAACGUACAUCGGUGAACAUCUACCUCAUACACUACCUACUACUAUAGUACUUGUAUGCAUAUCGUUCCAGUAUAGAAAACUUGCAAGUAUAUCUAUGCAGUAUACACAUACAUUU